AGUCCAGGGUGAGAAUGGUUGCGGAGAAGCAAGUCCACAAAAUUACAGGAAAAGGAGCUGUUGGAUGAGGAUUAAUUAAGGCCUUAAGUGGAGUAAAGAUUCUGGACGUGCUAACUACUUCUUUGGGAAACUCACCUGAUCUGCACACAGUCAGGAUCUCAGGGUGUUUUACGAGUUUAUGUCUGCAGUAAAGUUAGAAAAUCACCAAAUCCUUGAUGAACUCCCAGAGUUUCUACGGGACCGCGUGCAGCGCCAUGUACCCUCUCCACGGUGUGAACUCGGUGCUAUUCGAUCUCCGCCACCAGAUGGCGCAGCAGUACCAGGCUGCUGCCCCAGCAGCUCACACCUUCUCAGUGGCAGAGAGACUUGCAGAGCUGAUCCUGGAGGCUCGCUAUGGGAACCAACAGAAGCAGCGACGCAGCCGUACUGCUUUUACAGUGUCGCAGCUGCAGGCUUUGGAAAAGGCCUUCCAGCAAACACAGUACCCAGAUGUUAGCAUGAGGGAGAGGCUGGCCAUGUGUAUCAACCUGCCUGAGGCUCGCAUUCAGGUAUGGUUCAAAAACCGGAGGGCAAAGUUUCGAAAAGGUCAGAGAAGCUCGUCUCUUCCAAGAGAGGCCUGUUUGGAUGAUGUUCUGCAGAACAGCAGGAUGGGACCACAGGAAAUAAAGGCAGAAGACAAACCGGACAAGAUUACAUCACACACUGAGAGCCAGCUCUCUCCACGUCGAUGUCCAUCUUUCGCUCCCAGUGUUGAAAAAAACAAGGACUCAAACUCUGAUGUGUCUCGGUUUACACCUUCGCUCCCCUCCCCUCCAGUUUUCUCCUUUGUGGCUGCAGAGCAUUUCUGUCAGCCACCUCAGCAGCCGCUUCUGUCCACCGAGCUCAUACCUCCACCGUUGUUUUGGCCGCUCAUACAACAGCACAUCUUCACCUCAGGGGAUCCUUUAUCUGCUACCAAAAAUGGAGGCUUCUCAUAUAGCUCCAAUAAAGUGGUGGGUCACCCUGACCUAGGCCUGUAACUGACUCAUAUCUGGUACCUUCAGUCCAGUACAAUGAAAGAGACGCAGUGCUUUGGAAUUAUCUUUUUUUUAUUAUUAUUAAUGGAAUAGUUGGAUUUUUUUUUAGAAAUUAUAAUUUUCUGCAAUUUUUGCUGCAAUACUUUUUAUUUCUGGGAUGUAUCUACCAGCUUUACACAUCUAGAGACUGAAAUCUUUACCUACAUCUUAAAAAAUCAGUUGUAACACAUGAAUGUACUUUGACUCAAAUCCAAUUCGCCCCACCCUAUGUCGUUCUGGCAGUAUAUCGAGUUUCAUUUCCAAAUAAAUUUGCCGCCUCUGACAGGUUGUAACAA